AUGGAAGCAUACAAAAGAAUUAAUAAUGAGUCUGAAGCUAUUGCUAAAAAAACUAAUGGUAAAAUUGAUAUGCAUUUAGCAACAACUGGUGCUCUAAUAUUUGCAGAAAAAUAUGAAAGAGAAGCUAAUCAAUAUGAUAUAAAUUCAAUAUAUAUAUUUAAAAUGAUAAAAAAAGAUGCAUCAUGGCUAAUUGCACCAG